CAAACACAUAACACAGUCCCAACCAAACUCUCUGUCUUUCCUUUUGUUUCUGUUUCGGUUCGGUCGUGUUUUCGGCGGAAGCUCUAUAAUGGGGGCGAGUAUUCUCCCAGAUCUCGGAGCCGAGAUUCUGAUUCCGUUCUGCGCGGUGGUCGGAAUCGCCUUCUCGCUGCUCCAGUGGGUCUACGUGUCCCGCAUUCAGCUCUCGCCGGCGAGGGACUCCAAUUCUUACUCCGCCGGGAAAAACGGAUGCAACGAUUACCUUAUUGAGGAGGAAGAAGGUGUUAACGACAACAACGUUGUUCAGAAGUGCGCCGAAAUCCAGAACGCCAUCUCCGAAGGAGCGACAUCAUUCCUUUUCACGGAAUAUAAAUAUGUUGGUGCUUUCAUGGUGGCUUUUGCAAUCUUGAUAUUUGUAUUCCUUGGUUCAGUGGAGGGAUUUAGCACUAGUAGCCAUACAUGUGCUAAUGACGAAACGAAGAUGUGCAAACCUGCUCUUGCAACUGCCGUAUUCAGCACAGUUUCUUUUUUGCUCGGUGCUAUAACUUCAGUGGUUUCUGGAUUCCUUGGUAUGAAGAUUGCUACUUAUGCAAAUGCCAGAACUACUUUGGAGGCAAGAAAAGGUGUUGGGAAGGCUUUUAUAGUAGCAUUUAGAUCAGGUGCUGUCAUGGGAUUUCUCCUUGCUGCAAAUGGUUUAUUGGUUCUUUACAUUGUGAUCCUCGUCUUUAAGAUGUACUAUGGUGAGGACUGGGGUGGUCUUUUUGAGUCCAUAACUGGAUAUGGUCUUGGUGGAUCUUCCAUGGCUCUCUUUGGCAGAGUUGGUGGUGGCAUCUACACCAAAGCUGCUGAUGUUGGUGCUGAUCUUGUUGGCAAAGUUGAGAGGAAUAUUCCUGAGGAUGACCCAAGGAAUCCAGCUGUGAUUGCUGAUAAUGUUGGUGACAAUGUUGGGGAUAUUGCCGGAAUGGGAUCUGAUCUCUUUGGAUCCUAUGCUGAGUCAUCAUGUGCUGCUCUUGUUGUUGCUUCAAUUUCCUCAUUCGGGAUUAAUCAUGAGUUAACUGCAAUGUUAUAUCCUCUCAUUGUCAGUUCCAUUGGUAUCAUUGUUUGUCUGAUCACCACCCUUUUUGCAACUGAUUUCUUUGAGAUCAAGGCUGUAAAGGAAAUUGAGCCAGCGUUGAAGAGGCAACUCAUUAUUUCCACAGUACUGAUGACUGUUGGAGUUGCAAUAGUUACAUGGAUUUCUGUUCCUUCUUCUUUCACCAUCUUCAAUUUUGGAACACAGAAAGUUGUUAAGAACUGGCAGCUGUUCUUAUGCGUGUGCGUUGGUUUGUGGGCUGGACUUAUCAUUGGAUUUGUAACAGAGUACUACACCAGUAAUGCAUACAGCCCUGUGCAAGAUGUUGCUGACUCGUGCCGGACAGGAGCUGCUACUAAUGUCAUUUUUGGCCUGGCAUUGGGAUACAAAUCUGUCAUUAUUCCUAUUUUCGCCAUUGCCAUUAGUAUUUAUGUCAGCUUUAGCUUUGCCGCUAUGUAUGGCAUUGCUGUAGCUGCGCUUGGAAUGCUUAGCACCAUAGCAACUGGAUUGGCUAUAGAUGCAUAUGGUCCGAUCAGUGACAAUGCUGGAGGUAUCGCUGAAAUGGCCGGCAUGAGCCACAGAAUAAGAGAGCGAACUGAUGCUCUUGAUGCUGCAGGAAACACCACAGCUGCUAUUGGAAAGGGUUUUGCAAUUGGCUCCGCUGCGCUCGUGUCCCUUGCUCUCUUUGGUGCCUUUGUGAGCCGUGCUGGAAUUGCUACAGUCGAUGUGUUGACUCCAAAAGUUUUCAUUGGUUUGAUAGUGGGUGCAAUGCUUCCCUACUGGUUCUCUGCCAUGACAAUGAAGAGUGUGGGAAGUGCUGCUCUAAAGAUGGUUGAAGAAGUACGCAGACAAUUCAACACCAUCCCUGGCCUCAUGGAAGGUACUGCCAAGCCUGACUAUGCUACGUGCGUUAAGAUCUCGACUGAUGCUUCCAUCAAGGAGAUGAUACCACCUGGUGCCCUUGUGAUGCUUACACCUCUCAUUGUCGGAAUCUUUUUUGGUGUGGAGACUCUCUCUGGUGUCCUUGCUGGAUCCCUCGUUUCUGGUGUACAGAUUGCCAUCUCUGCAUCCAACACCGGUGGUGCUUGGGACAAUGCCAAGAAGUAUAUUGAGGCUGGAGCUUCUGAACACGCAAGGAGUCUCGGUCCCAAGGGAUCAGAUCCGCACAAGGCAGCUGUCAUUGGUGACACAGUCGGAGACCCUCUCAAGGACACAUCCGGCCCAUCUCUCAACAUCCUCAUCAAGCUCAUGGCCGUCGAGUCCCUCGUCUUUGCACCUUUCUUCGCCACACACGGCGGCCUCCUCUUCAAUCAGACCUCUCUCUCCACAAUGCCACCUCUCUCUCUCCACCCAUUCCCUCCAAAGCUCACACCCACUUCUUCUCUCUUCUUCAACCCCCAAAGCCCCAACCUUUACACCCAAAGCUUCAAUUUUUACACCCCAAAACGACGCCGUAUUCGUUUUCGCUCCCUCGAAAUCAAAUCCCUAGACGCCGCUCAGGUCUUCGACUACGAGACCAAGCUCGCCGCCGAGUUCCGCUCCUCCCAAUCCCUCAAAAUCGCCAUCAUCGGCUUCGGCAACUUCGGCCAGUUCCUCGCCAAAACCCUAACCCGCCAAGGCCACACCGUCCUCGCCCACUCCCGCUCCGACCACUCCUCCGCCGCCGCCGCCCUCGGCGUCUCCUUCUUCCCCGACCCCCACGACCUCUGCGAGCAGCACCCCCACGUCAUCCUCCUCUCCACCUCCAUCCUCUCCGCCGCCGCCGUCCUCUCCUCCCUCCCCCUCCAGCGCCUCCGCCGCAGCACUCUCUUCGUCGACGUCCUCUCCGUCAAGGAGUUCUCCAAGUCUCUCCUCCUCCGCUCCCUCCCUCCCUACUUCGACCUCCUCUGCACUCACCCCAUGUUCGGCCCCGAGUCCGCCGCCGCCUCCUGGAACGGCCUCUUCUUCGUCUACGACAAGGUCCGCAUCGGCGCCGACGCCGACCGCGCCGCCCGCUGCGACAAGUUCCUCAGCAUUUUCGAGCGGGAAGGUUGCUCAAUGGUCGAAAUGAGCUGCGCCGAGCACGACCGCCACGCGGCGGGGUCGCAGUUCAUUACUCACACGGUGGGGAGAGUUCUGGGGAUGCUGAGGCUGGAGCCGACGCCGAUUAAUACCCGAGGGUAUGAGACAUUGCUUGAUUUAGUGGAGAAUACGCAGGGGGAUAGUUUCGAUUUGUACUAUGGUUUGUUUGUGUAUAAUAAGAAUGCGCUGGAGAUGCUGGAGAGGCUGGACUUGGCUUUCGAGGCGCUGAAGCAGCAGCUUUUCGGGAGGCUGCAUGAUGUUGUGAGGGAUCAGUUGUUUGGUAAUGCUGGGAAGAAGGUGGGGACGGUGCAGGAGGAGUGUGUGAGUCAGAAUGGAACUGCAUUGGUUCGUUCUCCGAAAGCUGCGAGAUUGCCCAAAGUACGUGUGGCGGAUAGCUCUGAAGACCAUUCAAGGCUUAAGAUUGGGAUUGUUGGUUUCGGCAACUUUGGUCAGUUCCUUGCUAAAACCAUUGUACGGCAAGGACACAGAGUUUUAGCUUAUUCCCGGACAGACUACUGUGAUGUUGCUCAACAGUUGGGUGUUUCUUAUUUCUUGGAUGCGGAUGAUUUUUGCGAGGAGCACCCAGAAGUAAUACUCCUUUGCACAUCGAUUCUUUCGACUGAGAAAGUUCUGAUGUCACUCCCGCUUCAGAGGUUGAAGCGGAGUACUUUGUUUGUUGAUGUUCUGUCUGUGAAAGAAUUUCCAAGAAGCCUGUUUCUUCAGAACUUGCCUCUAUGUUUUGAUAUACUCUGCACGCAUCCUAUGUUUGGACCAGAAAGUGGUAAAAAUGGGUGGAACGGUCUUGCUUUUGUUUAUGAUAGGGUCAGAAUUGGAAACGACAAAUCAAGGGUGUCAAGAUGUGAUCAAUUUCUUGACAUUUUUGCUCAAGAAGAGUGCCGGAUGGUGGAAAUGUCUUGCGAAGAACAUGAUAAGCACGCAGCAGGUUCCCAAUUCAUUACACACACUAUGGGAAGAGUUUUGGAAAAGUUGGGUUUGGAGUCGACGCCUGUAAAUACAAAAGGUUACAAGACUUUGUUGAAUUUGGUGGAGAAUACAGCAGGGGAUAGCUUUGAUCUCUACUAUGGAUUAUUCAUGUACAAUGUUAAUGCAAUGGAGCAGCUAAAGAGGCUGGACCUUGCUUUUGAAUCAUUAAAGAAACAGCUUUUUGGGCGGUUACAUGGUGUUCUUCGGACACAGCUUUUUGAGAGUGCAGAUGAUUCUCAAGGUACGAGGGAGCCACAACUGUUGCCUACACCAUUGGACGGUGAAUCUUCAACUACAUCUUUUCUGGAGGCUUUUGACAUUCAGAACAACUAAAAAUCAGCUUUUCAUAUUAUUUGAUCCAGUUGGAAGAGCUUUAUGAUCAUUGCACCUGUAGGGAAUCAAUCAGUGAAGACAUUGCCACCAGUCUGCAAUCGAACCGAUUGAAUUUGGUUCCAUUGUGGUUAAAGUUGUGCAAUGGAUUGAUAGAGGAAGAGAUGAUGGGAUUCAAGUUCUUGAGAAUAGUGGUCAACUGAGUUAUAUAAAUCGAAUGCAAUGCAUGAAGAAGCAAUUGAUUAUCGGUAAGAAGACAUUGCCAUUAUCCAAAGUUGUGGUGUGAUUCAUCUGUUGGAGGUCUUUGGCUUCCUCCAUCGUUGGUACUGACUAUUUGAUGAUGUUGUAUCUUUUUAUUAGUAGUUGAAGUGGAGCUUCAUUUUGGUGUCUGAGGAAGCUCCUGUAUGUAUUUCCGGCUCUUUCAUUACAUCUAUGAAUAAGAUAUUCCUGCCAGCAAU